GAGGCUGAUUAGUCAAGGCUGUUAAAAAGACUCCAUGUGUGAAGCAGCUUUUAGGCUCGGCCUCUCCUUUAACCCUUUAUUUGCUUAGUACAGUUAUUACUUGCAUUUGUAGCACAGGCAGGUUGGUUAAUGGUUCGUAGUAGGACUUGUGCAGCACUAAGUAUAUGGUAAAUGAGAUCAGCGCCACCACCCUGCAGAUCUAAUUAAGGCAAACUGGGUAAGAACCGAGCGCCUCCUGUGGAUACGAGCCACUCUUUGUAAGUUUGACAAAGAAGGACAGGAAGGAGGACAAAGGAGCGUGAGUAGCUGUACUUGUCCAAGCGGCACCAGCAGAGGGGACACCAGUGAAACUGAAUAAUCUUAAGGGCAGAGGAGUAUUGUGGGGACCGGCACCAGAGCAGUGGUGCUGCCGACAAGCAGGAAGGCUGCAGACCACCGAAGGACUCUUGUUUCUGGGAUACUGUCAUUGGUUUUCGUUUCUGUGAAGUUUUAAUAGCUGCAUUCCUUGUUGCAGUUUGAUUAUUUUUCGGAGGUGUUUUCCCUUUUGAGAACUGAUAAAGUCGUGGAUUAAAAAAAGUGAAGUUCGUUUGGGUGUCUAAUUUUUGGGAAGGCGUACGUUGCAUCAAAUAAAUUUCUUUGGGAAGUUGUAAGCCAUAGAAAAGGAAGGAAAAUGCCAAUCUUGAAGCAGUCGGGAAGCACACAUGGGAAGAAACGCAUCCGUCCAGAUAUCACCCGUGAGAUGAUCAGUGCACCAUUAGGAGAUUUCCGGCACACUAUGCAUGUGGGUCGGGGAGGAGAUGUCUUUGGAGACACUUCAUUUCUCAGUAACCAUGGCCCAUCCACGGUGAGCAGUCCUGAUAAAAGCCCUGCUGCUAAUGAGCGAGGAGAUCAUUGGCAGAUGGAGAACCUUUCUUCUUCACAUCCCCAUAUCAAUGAGGAAAGGGCAUCUUUCACAAGGGAUGAAAUUCAUUCUGUAAACAUUUCCAAGUCCCUCAGUCAGUUGUCUGACCAAAGUGGGCAGUCAUCUGGACUGGGGUCUGGAUCUAGUCCAACAAAGUCAAACUCCUCUGCCUGUGGAUUGGAGGACAGCUUAGUUGGCUGGCGCCAAGGAAAUGGAGAUGCCUGUGAUCUGGAUUUAGCUCCUACUCCUCCUUCCAAUGCUGGUCUGAAGCAUGCAGAGUCUAUCUUGUCUUUUCACCUUGAUCUUGGGCCCUCUUUGCUGGACGAUGUUCUGGGUGUCAUGGAAAAAAGCAAACGAGAAAGUGAGGAUGAGGGUCUUGGUUUAGAGAAAGAUCAGAGUUCGAGCAAAAUGUCUGACUUCAUGUUGUGGCAAACUGUCACCAAUGGGAAGGUGGAAGUCAAUGGAGUAUCCUACCAAGAUGAACGAGUGAAGGACUCCACUUCUAGCACCACAUCUGGGACCCUAGAAGAAAAUCGAUCCCUCUCUGAUGAGGACAGUAAUGAAGAGGAGAAGCACUCUGUUUAUGAAGGAGUUCAGGAGAGUUCCAUUAGGAAGAACACCAUUGAAAACCACCAAUUAGAAUCGGAGGAGGAGGAGGAGGAGGAAAAGGGGCAAGGGUACACAUUUGAUGAUGAAUUAGAUGAUGGCGAUGAUGAUGAAAUUGGACUAUAAUGCCUUGCAUUUAGACAAAAGAACAGAGUAGAAAACUAAGAGAUUUGUGAAACUGGAGCAGAUGGCAUUUUCGAAUGGAAGCUGACCAAAACUUUAAAAUGCCUUUUGGACUCCUUUUUUAUCUUUAUUUUUGCUUUCCAUAUAGAUUUUUAAAGAGCCAAAACUAUAGGAAUUAUUUUCAGAGGUAUUUUUAUUUGACAUUAUCAUGAGUAAUGUUUCUAUGCUGUAAAUUUUAUUUGUACAGAAUAGCUAAAAUAGAUUAUAGGUCUCAAAAUUUUGAGUCGUGUAGUAAAGAAUAACAACCUGAUAGUACAGUGAUGGUACAGUGUUGGUCAGGCAGGUAGGAUUCUGUAUAUUGCUUGUAGUACUGGGGUCAAACAGCUGAUAAGCUGAGCUAUGCAGGGGAAAAUGUAAUUUCUGUCAAGUACCUGUGCCAAAUGUCUGCCCAGAAAGUACCAGUGUUAUUGUCUGGGAUAGUCAUCCCCACCAGAAAAAAAAAGCUGCUUGUAGUAUGGCAUUGGUGUGGGGACAGGUGCCUUCUGUGCAGCAAAUGACCAUCAUUUGCUCAUUGUCUUUAUGCAGAUGCUGUUAAGAUGGUUAAGUCUUCUCUCUCCUAUUUAAUGCAUCUCUUUAGCUCAUGGCAGCUGUCUUUAAGUGGAGGGGGAGUACUGAAGUAGUGAUGGAAAUCAAAAUGAAAAUAAGAAGAAGGCAGUUAUUUUUGCAGUGAUCUUCCUUCAGUUUGGACUAAGUCAGUUUCUUUGCUUUGAACUGUGUCUGCUGUGAUGUGAGGUUUACUGUAGUAAAUGCACAUUUGUAGAACUUUGGUCUAGGCCAAAUUACUCAGGAGGGGUACACUACAUAACCGAGUCCUGAACUAUUAAGUGGAACACUAGAAUAGUGGGGGUAUGGGAAUAUCUUUGCUGUUCCCAAAGUUUUCUGAAAUAAUGGUCUUGUACCCCUCAUAUCAGACAGAACAAGCCCCCUAUGUCAGAAGAAGCAAUGCCAAGCACAACAUAACAUAGAAGUGACAUGUUAAAUGUUCCUAUUUUGUUUCAUAUGUUUCUGUCUGCCCUAAAAAAACAGCUUGUUAAUGUACUUUAUCUGGCAAAGGUUUAGAUGCCUGUAGCACCAUGUAGUUUGGCUUGUGCAGAAAAGUCCCACAGCAUUUUUUGCUGUUUAGCUGCAGUCUGUCAUUAUUUCACCUACAGCUAUGUGGUAUAGCUGUACUAUCAUAAUUUGUAAGUCCUUUCAUUUUAUCUGGGGUGACUUUGUUGGUAUUUAUUUCUUAUUUCUGUCCAAACAACUCCAUGUUUGUCCUCUUACUGUUGUGAAUCAGGUAGCCAAUAAAUAUGUUUUUUUUUGUCACUGUCAAAAGCUGGUUUGACCAUAUAUUUGAAACCAGCAUGUCUUAACUUCACACGUAUUCUGAAAACUGAAGGAACAAACAAGAAACAAAAUCUCUGGAAAAUCUGUUUCAUUGUUUAUUUUCUCAAGAAAGCACUUUACAGCUGACAUCACAUUCAUGUGUGUUUAAAGAGUGGUAGCAGUGACUAUGGACUAAACCGAAAGAAGUAACUGUCCUGAUACUAAUAUUUGCAGAAAACAGAAAGUGGCUUGGUUAAUGCAAAGUAAUGCUGAAGAUGGUCAUAGUCCUGUCAGAAGAGGUGGCAAUAAGGAAAAUGCUUGAAAAGCCAAAUUGGGAUUGGUAAUUAUUGAUGGAGAAGUCUAAUUGUGAUAUGGUAAUGUAUUAUUAGAAAAGUAAAAACUGGGAAGCAGUAAUGUAUUGAUAAAAGGGUAGUGCAAGAGAAGCUGACUGCUGGGGACUUGGCUAGUUGCUACACACAAAACAAAAAUAUAGAGAGCAAAAAUUCUUUGGAUGACAGAAGUUUUAUCACCCCUGUAAACUAUAAACUGCAGACUCUUUCCAGAACAGAUUGGCUGUCACUGACGCCAAAACGUUUCCACCCUCAUGUUCUGCAAAAGUUGUAAGAGCCAGAGAGGCACAUGUACAAUGUAUGAGUGAUUUGGUCCAAAAUUAAUAGCUUCUAUCAAAAUGCCUUUGGUGAAAGAUUUACAUGCAUAGCUAGAAAAGCAAUACUUUUCACAGACUGAGCUCCACAACCUGUCCUAGAGCAGAGUCUGAAAACAAUAGAAUGUUUUAGAAUGUUUCACAUCAUGCAGAAAUUGUUAAUGCAGUUAGUGCACUGUUACACAAUAAAAUGUGCUUGUCCAUAUGUUUUUGGGAAAAUUAAUACAUUACAUUCUGAAAAGUGUCAGUAUCCAUGUUCAAUUCAUAGCUUUUUUUUCAAUAUUUUAAUGUCUUAGGUUGUUUUGUAUUUGGGAGAUGUACAGUACAAAAUUUAAGUCUGAGAAGCAAAAUAAAAGUUACCUUGUAGCUAAUUUUAGCAUACAUUUCAGCCCGAAUAAAAAAAAAAGGGAGUACAAUUACUGAUGUUUGGAUGCAAAGUAUAAUGUGCACGUUUGUGAGCGCAGGAAUUAAAGUAUUUGCUACAAUGCCUUGUUAAGUUGGGGCCCACUUAUUUUGGACGUUAAGUGGGUGUAUGAAAACGAAUGAGCAUUUACUUCAUCUUCAUUGCAAGUCUCAGUAAGUGCCUUUUGGUAUUAUUAAAUAGUUGUGUAGAUGUUUAAUUCGUUCUAUACAUAUUUUUAUAACUUUCUUUGUAUAAAACAAUUUAACUCAGUGUCUUAAUGUAUAUUGUCAUUUUAGCACAAACCUGUAUUAUAUAAAGCUUUCUCACCAUUUCGAA